UAUACGAAUACUAAUUAUUAUGUUUCCGUAUAUAACCCAAUGUUGUACACGAAUGGUUACUAUGUCCUCAAGAAUAUUCACCAGAAGAUAAGACUUCUCACAAAAAUCUCCGUCUCAUUUCCUCUGCUCUACACAAACAGAGAGAAGAGAGAUGGAGAAUUCCGGGCAAGUGUUCGAUGUGAUUGUAAUUGGAGCAGGCGUCAUGGGCAGCUCCACGGCUUACCACACCACCAAACGCGGCCUUACGACGCUCCUCCUCGAGCAAUUCGACUUCCUCCACUACCGCGGUUCUUCCCACGGUGAGUCCCGGACCAUCCGCGCCACCUACCCGGAGGACUACUACUCCAGCAUGGCGUUGGAAUCGUCGCGUCUCUGGCAAGAAGCCGAGGCGGAAGCCGGAUACAGAGUCUAUUUCAAGACCAAACAGUUCGACAUGGGCCCAUCCGACAACAAAUCCCUGCUCGCAGUCAUUAGUAGCUGCCGGAAAAACUCGAUCCCUGUUCGGGUUCUCAACCAGGAUGAAGUUUUCGAGGAGUUUUCCGGAAUUUUUGAGCUUCCGGAGGACUGGAUCGGAGUUGUGACGGAGUUCGGCGGAGUUAUCAAGCCGACGAAAGCAGUGUCAAUGUUUCAAGCACUUGCUCUGCGGAGGGGCGCCGUGCUCAAGGACAACAGCGAAGUGAUUGACAUCGCCAAGGACAGAGAAACGGGCGAGAUUGUCGUGUUAACAGGAGGCCACGGGGAAUACCGAUGCAGAAAAUGCAUAAUCACCGCCGGAGCUUGGACUAGAAAAUUGAUCGAAAAGGUUAGAGGAUUGCUCCUCCCUAUUCAGCCAUUGGAAACCACAGUUCAUUACUGGAAGAUUAACGAAGGAAACGAAGGUAAAUUCACAAUCGAGAAUGGAUUCCCGUCGUUCGCGAGCUACGGGGACCCCUACAUAUACGGAACGCCGUCGUUGGAGUUUCCCGGACUGAUAAAAAUCCCGAUGCACGCCGGUCGCCCCUGCGACCCGGAGGAUCGGACGUGGGCGGCUCCGACGGCGCAGGUCGAGCUGUUGCAGGAUUGGAUUAAGGGAAGAUUCGGGGACUUGGUGGAUACAAAGAAACCAGUAAUGACGCAGUCGUGCAUGUAUUCAAUGACGCCAGACGAGGAUUAUGUGAUCGAUUUCUUGGGCGGAGAGUUCGGGGAGGAUGCGGUAGUGUGCGGCGGAUUCUCGGGACACGGGUUCAAGAUGGGACCGGUGGUGGGGCGGAUAGCGGCG